CUAGGUGCCUACCUAAAAUUAAUUGUAUACAAGUAGAUAGUGAUUAUUUAAAUUUAGUUAAAAAUAUAGUUUGUAUAGGUACUCUAAAAAUAUCUUAUAUCAAUUAAACAAGUUUUAAUUAUAAGUACUAUUACGAGUUAUAAAUUGAUGUGUGGUGAAGGGUGAAGCAGAGAUAAUGAGGAACUUAACAACCGUAACCUGGGCGCAUGCGGUUAAUAACAAGAUCUAUUUGGAGGCAGCACUUUCUAGUGAGAUAUCAAUGUUAGAAGCUGACAUUGUACUUGGCCAAAUCAAUGGGAAGUCGGGACCUCCCAUUCCUAUCAUGGCGCAUCCACCAGCCGCCACAUCGGAUCUAUCUCUGGCCGACUUCCUGACCGCAGUGAGCCAGUACAACAAUGUCAACUCGAAGCAGAAGGGCGUCAAACUGGAUUUCAAGAGUAUCGAGGCGUUUGAGAAGGCUCAAGAGCUCAUUGCCCCUUAUAACAAACCUGAGAAAACAUUUCCACUUUGGCUGAAUGCCGACAUCCUCCCAGGACCUGUCGAUGCUCCAACAAAACCAGUAGACGCAGGGAAGUUCCUCAAGCUGGCAUCGAAGCACCCACGAGCGGUCCUGUCCAUUGGCUGGACCACCAAGUAUGGUGGCAACAUAACGGAGGGAGAGUAUAGCCGUGAUCAGAUCGGCGCAAUGCUGCGACUUGUCAACGAACACCAUAUCAAUCAGACUGUUACGUUCCCUGUACGUGCCGGCCUAGCAUCAAACAGUCAACCAGUAAUCUUAGACCUUCUCCGGGAGACUGGAUCGCUGAACUCUUCGAUAACGGUCUGGUCAAGCGAAGGUGAUGUGGUGGAAGUAGACCGUUUGCGAGCCCUGCUGCUCACCGUCGGCUUGGAGAGGACAUAUCUGGACGUUCCUCAAGAGCUCGCUGACAAGUUACAUCUGCCUCCUCCAGACACCAAGAAAAGGAACUAAAUAAAAUGAAAUAGAUUGUUUGUAGGUAGUGUCUCAAUUAAAAAUUUAAAAUUAUCUCAAAUAAAUGGCGUUAUUUACCUAGA